GCAUAUGCUGUGUGAAAAUCACUAACUACAACUUAAACUUAUAAAAUUUGUAAACAAAAUCGUUGCAUGUGGAUAAUGUGUGUUUGGGAUUGAUUUCAGCAUUUUUAUCUUUUUUUUUCCAUUUUGAUACUUUUUAAUAGAAAUUUUUUAUAUCUACAUACUGUAAAAGAUGAAAAUCAUUGAUAAGAAAAUUAAAAAACUCAUAAAAUCUGCUGCACGGAAAAAUCAUCGUUUAUUAAUUGUCAUUUUGGGCAUCUCUGGAUUCCAUAGUAUACCAUCAAUUCAUCAGCUCCUGACUAAAAUAAAUAAAAAAGAAAUUACAACUCUAUGGUGCUCAAGAGAUGGGGUUUCAACACCAAAAUCAAAGGAUGAAAAAGACCAUUGUGAUCCUGAUAUCAGAUCGUUAGAUAUAUUGGAUUUUAAACCAUUAUAUUGUUCAUAUAAUGAUCUUGGAAGUAUAUUGCAUGAAGCAUAUGGCGUGGUAGUUCUACAAGAUCUUGAUGCAUCAAACGUACUUUUGCUCAAUACUGUUUUACCUAAUGUAAAAGGAGGUGGAGCUGUUAUACUUCUUUUGCCUAUGAUAAAUAGUAUUGAAGAACUGAAUUCUUUUUCUUUGAAUAGUGAUAAACAUUCUUCGAGAUUCGGGAAACGUUUUAUCCAGUCCCUUGAUUUGUGUUCAAACUUUUUAGUAAUAGAUGACAACCUUAAUUUGCUAUCUUCUAAGAUGACUGAAAAAACAGAUGAAAUGAUGGUGCUUCCUUCUUUAUCUGAAAGAAUAGAAUCUAUAAAAUCCAGAUGUGAAGAUAGUACUGUGCAAACUUUACUUGAUUUAUGCUUGACUGCAGAUCAAGCAGAACUUUUGUACAAAUUACUGGACGUAUUGAAAAAGAGAUCUUUUCAUUCUGUUGUGUCCGCUGCAUCAGCAUUUGGUCGAGGAAAGUCUGCAGCUUUGGGUCUAGCGAUUGCUGGUGGCAUAGCUAUGAACUAUUCAAACAUAUUUAUUUCGUCAUCUUCCCUUAAUAAUGUUGACAUACUUUUUAGAUUUCUUCUUAAAGGCUUAGAUGCUCUUAACUAUGAAGAGAACAAACAUUAUGACCUUAUAGAAUCUGCUAAUCCACAAUUUAAACAAGCACUCAUUGGAUUAAACAUAUUUAAGGAUUACCCACAAUCUGUUAGAUUUAUUUUUCCUGAAGAUGUUGGCCAUAAACUCGAGCAGGCUGAGUUAGUUGUUAUUGACGAAGCUGCUUCUAUACCUUUCCAUAGACUUAAGAAAUUGUUUGGUCCAUACGUAGUUGUGAUGUCUUCUUCAACAAGUGGUGCCAUUUCCACUAGCCCAUUUUUGUGUAAAAAAAUGAUAGAAAAUAUCCAAUCAACACAAUCUCUAAAAGAAGAUUCAACGGUUUCAUCAGGAUGUCUUCAAACAAUUGUAUUAAAUGAGCCUGUUCAUUACAAUUCUGAUGAUGGUGUUGAAUUUUGGAGUAACCAUAUUUUCUGUAUGGAGUCAACCAUACCAUCUCAACUGUCUCUUGGUUGCCCAGAAACAAAACUUUGUGAACUAUAUUGUGUCUCUCGUGAUGCUUUGUUCAGUGGCAGUCCUUUUACUGAGAAAUUCUUAAAAUCUCUUGUAUCAAUACUGAAUCAGUCUAGUUAUACAUUGAAUGUAGAAGAACUUCUUAGGAUAGCAGAUUCUCCUGAUUACCAAAUAUUUGUUCUCCUACCUCCUUUGCAAAGAUGUACUACCAAAAUUCCUCUUGAAGUGCUGUGUGCUAUUAUUGUCCAUAUUGAGUCUAACCUUCCCUCUGACAUUGUAAAAUGUGGAUCAAAUCUAAUUCAACCCGUGCCUAGUUGCUUCAAUAAAUGGAAUGUGAAGGCAGAUGUUUCGAAAUUACGUGGUCUUCAUAUUAUUAACUUAGCAACACAUCCUCAGUAUAAAAAAAUGGGAUAUGGCUUGCGAGCUGUGCAACUAUUGAAAGAGCUGUAUGAAGGAAAAGUUAUAUCGCUUGGAGAAAAUGUGAAAUUGUCUACUAAUAAUCAACAAACGGUUGAAAAUCAAGAUGGUGGUUCUAAAUUCGAAUCCCCUCUGUUACUUCAACUAUCAGAUUUAAAAUUAGAUAAUAUAGACUUCAUGUGUGUUUUCUUCAAUUUGUCAUCAGAUGUUUUCAGUUUUUGGAAGAAAGCGGAAUUUGUACCUUUAUACAUGGCUGCUAACAAAGAUUCUGAUGUAGUACCUAUUGCCAUGUUUAAACCAAUCAAUGAAGAGUCAUCUAGUUUUGUAGAAAAAAAUAUAAUGAGUUUCAUCAAUCAUUAUUUUGCAAUUCUCAAAUCACAUUAUAAGAAGUUUCCAGCAUCUUUUGCUCUUAGCAUAUUCAAUUCUUGCCCGAGAAUUAUAAACACAAAAGAUAUUUCUAAAGAGGAAUUGGAUUUAUAUUUAAAGCCCUAUCAUAUGAAGUCACUUGAAAAAUAUUGUUUAAGGCUUCAAGAAUUGAAUACAGUCAUUCACAUCAUUCCUACCAUUGCCAAACUAUAUUUUAAGAAUGUCUUGAAAAAUGUACACCUUCCAGUUGCCCAAGAAGCUAUAUUGCUGUCAUAUGGGUUACAAAACAAAUCGUUAGAUGCUAUUUCAAAAGAUUUAGAACUACAGAAUAUUCAAGUUGUUGGUCUUUUAAAUCGAACACUAAAGAAAGUCAGCAGUUACAUUUCGGGAAUUAUUGAAAAAAGUGUUGAAAGUACGUUAAUCUCUACUGAUGUUGAAAUGAAGCCUUUAAAAAUGGAUUUGGAUGAAGAGCUUGAAGAAGCUGCUAUUCAAGUUCAGAAGCAACAGGAAAAACUACUUGCUUUGGAUGUUUCUCAAUAUGCAAUUAAAGGAUCUGAAGAUGAAUGGCAAAAGGCACUUUUUACUGGAAGAAAAACGCUUGUUAGCAUAAAGAGUAUCAAGAAUAAAGUAGAAAAUGAAAAUGCUGCUAAAACUGAAAAUAAAUUCAGAAAACACAAAAAACAAUUUAAAAAGAAAAAACACUGAUCUAUGUAUUAAAUUUUU